AUGAUUACAGAUCAACUAUUCCAAUUUAUACGGCAGCACUGGCUGGGCGUAUGCCUGUCACUCGUUGCGGCAUGGCUGCUAAGGAACCGGUAUCAAAAAGGGCUUAACAAGUAUCCUGGCCCCUUCUUGGCAUCUCUGACGGAUUGGUGGCGCUUCGUUGAUGUUUGGGGCCGUCACGCCGAAGACACUUACAUCGAGCUUCAUAAAAAAUAUGGUCCGGUAGUACGGAUCGGCCCUAACCUACUGUCGUUCGCCGAUCCUAAGGCGCUGAAGACAAUAUACGGUCUCAACAAAGGAUAUGUCAAGUCCGACUUUUACGUGGUACAGCAGUCUGUCGUGAAGGGACACAGCCUCCAAAGCUUGUUUAGUACAGUCGACAAUGACUUCCAUCAGCAGUUCCGCCGUUGUGUCAACUCGGCCUUUGCUAUGUCGGCACUGGUCCAGUACGAACCCUUCGUUGACAACACGACCAAGUUGUUCCUAAAGCAGACGGAGAAGCUAUAUGCGAACAACCCAGAUGGCUGCGACUUCACUCGCUGGUUGCAAUUCUAUGCGUUCGAUGUCAUUGGCGAGAUAACGUACAGCCAGAGACAUGGAUUCAUUGAGAAGAAUGAGGACAUAGAUGGGAUCGUAGCCUACCUGACGUGGCUUUUCAAUUAUGUGGCUCCCGUUGGUCAAAUUCCAUUGCUCGACAAGCUUAUCCUCAAGAACCCGCUGUACCUCAAGCUCGGGGACUGGGGACUCAUGGACGUAACAUCUCCAGUCGCAGCUUUCGCCCGCACUCGUAUGUCUGAACGAUUACCGACAAUCGACACAGACAAGGGAAUCUUGCCGACAUCAGAGAAGAAGGGCCAAAGCCCGGAUCUGCUCUCCAAAUUCUUAGCCGCGCAGGAGGCUCACCCGGACUUCAUGACUGACACGCUCGUUCAGACCAUGGCCGUGUCAAUGGCAUUCGCUGGAUCUGAGACCACCGCGAUUAGUUUGAGCAGCGUCUUCUACUUCCUACUACGAAAUCCAAGCGCAUUGGCCAAGCUAAGGCAAGAAUUAGACGAGGCGGGAAGGAAAGGACUGUUCAGCGACUACGAGACGGGCCUUGUGACGUGGCAGGAGAGCCAGAAGCUAGAGUACCUCGACGCAUGCGUCAAGGAAGGAUUCAGAAUGCAUCCUGCGCCAGGACUUCCCAUGGAGCGCAUUGUUCCGCCACAGGGAGCGGAGAUCGACGGCCAUUUCAUCAAGGGCGGCACACUUGUCGGGUGCAACGCGUGGGUGCUGCACCGAAACCGCGAUAUAUUCGGCGAGGAUGUCGACGUCUAUCGGCCAGACAGGUGGCUGAUUGACGAGAAGAUUGCCGCGACGAGUCCGGCGGCGAGGGAGGCGGAGGAGCAGCGCAUCAAACAGAUGAAUGGCACCAUGUGUCAGUUUGGGCAGGGGUCGAGGACGUGUAUUGGCAAGAACAUCAGCUUGUUGGAGAUAUACAAGGUGGUGCCGAGUCUGCUGAGGCGAUUUGAGAUCGACUUUCAGGAUCCGUCGAAAGAGUGGCAGACAUGCAAUGCUUGGUUUGUCAAGCAGUCAAAUUUCCAGGCGAGGUUUGCGUUAAGGGAUAUUCCUAAGCCUGAAAGUGAUGUUGCAACAACGUAG